CGAUGGGAAAACGAGCUACGCGGCAGCCAUCUAGCGAAAGAGGCAUUGUCAUGGGCAUUGUUCUGACAGAAGUGCGCGAAAAAGAAAAAAAAGGCGCGAGUCUACAGGGCUUCCAGCUCGUGCGGGCUGUCGGUUGAUGCAUGAUUCUUCAAGGAGCACGUGUGCAUAUAAGUAGUCAAAAAACGGCGAUAUAUUUAUCGUACAGAGUCCACUAUCCACGCAUAUUUUGCUGAACAUGAGGUUAACAUGCGAUACAGAAAUCUGUUAUCGGGAGUACCAGCCUUCGAGAGCUACAUCGAAGAAGAAAGCUGCGUUCACAAUUAUCACGUUGUGUCGCAAGCCAGGAGAAACAGAGCUGCAGAAAACGAGCACAUAUUUGCUACUGUGCACUCCAAAGAACCCAGCAGGAACUAAGUAUAAGAUCUUUAACAAUGUUGAGAGGCUCUUCACAAAUUGUGUUACCGAAGGGAAGGCUACUAUUCAACUACGAGAACCAAAACACAACUUGAUCAUUAGUAAGGCUGAUAUUACGAAGUUGCGCCAGUUCCUGCAUUUAAUAAAUAUUGCACACCAUGGUAAGGACCUUGAUCAAUCUGUGUUUUCUGGACCUCCAUCAAAAGUCACUCCAACCAAAGAAACCUUAGUUGUACGUCACCGGAGCAACUAUCCAUCUGGUGGAUUUCCAAGAACACUAAAAACACUGACGGUAGAGGGCUGCCCCUUGGCUCGGCUGUGUCAUGAUAUACUUGCACUGGGCAACCUUUGUAGCCUCAAGUUAGUUGAUAACAGCCUGAAGACGUUGCCUCCCCAACUGAGCAGUCUACCCUUGCGACAGUUAAUUGUUUCACAGAACAACAUUGAAAGGUUGCCUCCUGAGCUUUUUGAAGGCCAGCUUCUUAAAUCCCUUCAGUACCUCGACAUUUCUAAAAACAAGCUUGCUGUUCUACCAGACACAGUGUGUUGUGCACGAAAGCUAACGACUCUGGUAAUAAAAAACAAUCGUCUCCAAAAGCUCCCAUAUGGUCUAGGUUUUAUGUCCUGCCUCUCCGUCCUCGACGUGACGAGUAAUGCACUCAGAUUGCUGCCAGCCAGUCUGCUGAUGGGGACAUUGAAUUUGAUCUCAAUUUGUGGCAACCCUAUGGAUGGUGUCACACCCCUAGAGGCUACUACCAACCAAGGACCACUACCUCUGCUUCAGUUGGCAGCUCAAGCCUCUGCUGCCAGUGGGUAUGGGAGGAAAGUGGAGUUGACAGCUGAGGAUGUCCCAAGAUCUCUACUGGAGCUGCUGUGCACUGCUAGCCCCUGUUACAGCUGCAAACAAUUUGUGAUCCCAGCUGCAGCACUUAGUGUGAUCUUCAGGGUGCACCUAUCCCGAAUGGUUUCACCUUGUGGUGCAUUUGUGCGAGGCUCCAAAACAGACAUUGUAGUGCCCGUGCAAGCAAAUAUCUGCUCAACCAGGUGCCUCCCUGACUGAGGUUAGCAGCACAUAAUAUUUCUUGUCUUGGAACAUGAAGUGUGUGAUCUGCAAAAAAAAAUAAAAAAUAAAUUGUGAACAUAUAGACAUCUUA